CCCUCCCUCCCCCCGGACCCCCGUCCACGGAGGCCCGCGGGCCCGGACGUUUUUUCCCCCUGUGUGAGGCGGUGGGCGCCACUGAAGUGACCGAAUGAGAGACUCCACAGGGGCGGGUAAUUCACUGGUCCACAAGCGGUCUCCUUUACGUCGAAACCAAAAGACCCCAACAUCCUUGACCAAGCUGUCUUUACAGGAUGGACAAAAAGCCAAAAAGCCAGCAUGUAAAUUUGAAGAAGGUCAGGAUGUCCUAGCUAGAUGGUCAGAUGGCUUGUUUUAUCUUGGAACUAUCAAAAAGAUAAACAUAUUAAAACAGAGCUGCUUUGUCAUAUUUGAAGAUAGUUCUAAAUCCUGGGUUCUCUGGAAGGACAUACAAACAGGAGCCACUGGAAGUGGGGAAAUGGUCUGUUCAAUAUGUCAAGAAGAGUAUUCAGAAGCUCCCAAUGAAAUGGUUAUAUGUGAUAAGUGUGGCCAAGGAUAUCACCAGCAGUGUCACACACCAAAUAUUGAUCCCAGUGUGAUCGACUCAGAUGAAAAAUGGCUCUGUCGACAGUGUGUGUUUGCAACAACAACAAAGAGGGGUGGUGCGCUUAAGAAAGGACCAAAUGCCAAAGCAUUACAAGUCAUGAAGCAGACUUUACCCUAUAGCGUGGCAGACCUCGAAUGGGAUGCGGGUCACAAAACCAAUGUCCAGCAGUGUUACUGCUACUGUGGAGGCCCUGGAGACUGGUAUUUAAAGAUGUUGCAGUGCUGCAAAUGUAAACAGUGGUUUCACGAGGCCUGUGUGCAAUGCCUUCAAAAGCCAAUGCUCUUUGGUGACAGGUUUUAUACAUUUAUUUGUUCCGUCUGCAGUUCUGGACCAGAAUACCUCAAACGUCUUCCCUUACAAUGGGUAGAUAUAGCACACCUAUGCCUUUACAACCUAAGUGUUAUUCACAAGAAGAAAUACUUUGAUUCUGAACUUGAGCUUAUGACAUAUAUUAAUGACAACUGGGAUAGAUUGCACCCUGGAGAGCUGGCAGACACACCAAAAUCUGAAAGAUAUGAGCAUGUUCUGGAGGCAUUAAAUCAUUACAAGACCAUGUUUAUGUCUGGAAAAGAAAUAAAAAAGAAGAAACAUUUGUUUGGCUUGAGAAUUCGAGUCCCCCCUGUGCCACCAAAUGCUGCUUUUAAAGCAGAGAAAGAACCUGAAGGAACAUCUCAUGAGUUCAAAAUUAAAGGCAGAAAAGCAUCCAAACCUAUUCCCAAUUCAAGGGAAGUAAGCAAUGGUAUAGAAAGAAAAGGAAAGAAGAAAUCUGUUGGGCGUCCACCCGGCCCAUAUACCAGAAAGAUGAUUCACAAAACUGCCGAACCGUCUUCUUUGGAUAAGGAAUCAGUUCCAGGGAUAGAGAAUCCCACCUCAGAUUUACCUUGCUCUAUAGGACGAGCUGAUGGGACUGCACAUUCAUCCAAUACCUCAGAUGUGGACUUCACGGGUGCUGCCAGUACAAAAGAAACUACCUCAUCUAGCAUUUCCAGGCAUUAUAGCCUGUCCGACUCCCGAAAAAGAACUCGUACGGGGAGACCGUGGCCGCUGCCAUUCCACACCUGCGGAGGAGAAGAAGGCCGCCUCCCCCGAAAAGCACUCCAGACGCAGAAUUCGGAAAUCGUCAAAGAGGACGAAGGCAAAGAAGAUUAUCAGUUUGAUGAACAUACGGAGAUCCUGAAUAAUUUAGCCGAUCAGGAGCUACAACUGAACCAUCUAAAGAACUCCAUCACCAGUUACUUUGGUGCCGCAGGUAGAAUAGCGUGUGGCGAAAAAUACCGCGUGCUAGCUCGUCGAGUGACCCUUGAUGGAAAGGUGCAGAAUCUGGUGGAGUGGGAAGGAGCGACUGCAAUCCUGACUGUCGGACUGAACGUUACGUUCACUGCACUCCUCAUCUUCCGUAGGUACACCGCAGAGCCCCGAAGGAGUCUGGUUUUGACGGUCUUUCUUAAAAAUAAAAGGAAAAAAACAAACCAUUUUAGCCUUAACACGUACCUGUGAACAUUGUGGAUAUCGUCAGAAAAGCUAUCUUUUAAAAUCAGAGCAGAGACUUAAUUUUGUAACCUUACAGACUGUAGAUUGUUUCUAGGGUAGGAUAUUAAAAACUGAUUCUUCCAUUCCAUGCAUGGCAUUAGAAGAUCCUUCUAGGUAUUCCAUCGAGUCCGUUGGUGAUUAGUGGUUUUUUGGAGCAAACAGAUCAUGUAGAUAGCACAAUUUGUUGAGAAACGGUGUCUGUUUUGUAACAAAAUGUUUGGCGGAAAAGAAUUUCUAUUUCAGUACCUUUGAGAUUUCAUACAGUGGCAGUGUAUAUAAUGCCUACUGAAGACUGUAAAAUUUGAAAUUUCUUUCAAGCCAAAGUGUAAAAAAAAAAAUAUAUUGAGCCUGUAAAUUGCUCUGUGACUAGACUUCAUUGUCGUCUUAAUAUUCUUGCAUGUGCAUAUAUAGGUACACGCUCCCUGUGUAUCUAUAGAUUGUGUGAUUAUGUGACCUAUGCAAUUUAAUUAUGGAAUGGUGCAGCUUUGGAGUAUAUAUAUCCCAUAAUUCUUUUUCAGGAAUAGUUGCAGUAUUUACCACAGCAGCAUUUCUUCUCAGGCUUUAUUGGGUGCUGUUGCUUGCUAUGUAUGAAGAGAAAUGUGUCAAACCAGUUCAGCGCGUUUGGGCCAAGGGUGGCGAACCACAGCGUUGAUGGGCUGUUCGCCGCGCUUUUCGAUCCCGGUCCUUGGAACCCGGCCGUUCAGAACCUUAGGGGAAAAAAAAAAAGAAAGAAAAUGUCAAAAUUACGGACGUUCUACAGAAGUAACAUUUGAAACUUUUUUGUGUGUGUGUGUGUGGCACAUUAUGAUUGUAAAUGUCUCCCGGUUUUAACAGUAAGGUCUCUAGGAGUCCUGUCGAAGAAUUCCUGCCAUGUCAGUAGUAACUGUUAGUCGUGUUGGAUAAAUGUAGUGUGACAAAGUAUUUUAUUGCACAGGGUUAAUGAGCAGUAUGGUGCCCAUCGAGGUAACCACUGUUUUUUUUUUAAUUACAACAUUACCUCUUGUUUUUAUAAAAUGUACCAAGUUGAAAUUGAUAACUUUAUUUUACAUGUAAAAAAAGACAGUUUCUUUUGUUUUAUCACCAGUGUUGAUGUAUUUUUCUUUGUCUUCUGUUUUUUUUUUCCUUAUAUAUUGGGGGGGGUGUUUUGUUUUUAGCCAAGAGUAAACAGAAGAAUAUUCUAAUUUUGGUGGCUAUUCAUUUGAUUCUUAAGAAUAUCUGAUAUUGCUUAUUUACAAAUUGGGGAUUUGCCACCAGAAUGGGAAAAAAAUAUGUAAAAUGUAGUGAUUACAGAGCUUGUUAAAAUGUGCCGCCGGGGUUAGUACUUAUUUAUUCCAUUAAUUGAUUAUUUGACUGUUUAUAAAGAAAGUUGCUUUGUUUCUUGAAACAUCUUCAAAAGAUGACUUUUUCCUGUCACAUUCUAGCCAAAAGAAGCAGAAGAACUCUGUUUUCCCUGCACUUGGGUCCUGGGUGGUAGGUAUAAAUGAGCUUUACAAAAGUGCAAAUUAAACGGUCACUUCUGUUUACCUCCAUCAGAACUUGAUUUUUUUUCUCCCCUCCCAGCUGUUAAUUUAAAGUUGCCUUUCCUGCAGCUGCAAUAUUUUGAGAACACACAAACUUCGUGUCGCUUUUUGAAUGUUUGUCUGUCUCUAGGGGUAAUGGAAAAUGUAAAUCCCAUGUAACACCACCAUUCCCGUCUGUAUUCACGCGAUUUCAUUGCCCCAAGUCCUUGAAUUCUAACUGAACACCAGCAGUAUUUCCUUAACGUGCUUGGAAGAAAACUUAUCAAGCUAAACCGUCUUUAGACUUAAUUAUUGUGAAUGUCUUCGUUUCAUUUUAUCACGGUGGUUCACAUGGCUCUGAUGUUCAGUUUGUAUUUUUGGAAUUGCUUUACUUAGAAUGAAAACAGACCAUCAUUAAAUGUGUGUAUUUUUUAAAGAGA